GAGGAGUCUUCUUCCACUGUAGAAUAAAGAAAAAUAAAAGAAGCUGAUUUUAGGAGAAAAAUAAAAGGUUAAAAUAGAGUAAGAACAUAGAGAAAAAGGUAGAUAGAUGGGUGGAGUAAUAAUGUUGAUGCUCUUUCUAUGCCUUUUUGCUGGGACAAUAUCUGUGGUUUGGGGUGAAGAUCCUUACUUCUACUUGACAUGGAAUGUUACAUAUGGAACCAUUUCUCCAUUGGGUGUACCCCAGCAAGCCAUUCUCAUCAACGACCGAUUUCCUGGACCCAAUAUCAAUGCCACCACAAAUAAUAACCUAGUUAUUAAGGUCUUCAACAAUCUUGAUGAGCCUUUCCUUUUGACAUGGAAUGGUAUCCAACAAAGGAAGAAUUCAUGGCAAGACGGUGUUGCCGGAACAAACUGCCCCAUUCCUCCAGGGACACACUUCACCUACCAUUUCCAAGUGAAGGAUCAAAUAGGUAGCUACUUUUAUUCCCCAACCACAGCAAUGCACAGAGCAGCAGGUGGUUUUGGCAGCCUCCGUAUAAACAGUCGCUUGCUCAUUCCGGUACCUUAUCCCGAUCCUGAGGAUGACUACACUGUUCUCAUCAAUGACUGGUACACAAAGAGCCACACCAUACUGAAGAAAUUGUUGGAUAGUGGGAGAUCUAUUGGUAGACCUACAGGUGUUCUCAUCAAUGGAAAAACAGCCAAAGGUGAUGGAAAAGAUGAGCCACUCUUCACCAUGAAGCCUGGAAAGACCUACAAAUACAGAGUGUGCAAUGUUGGCCUCAAGGACACCCUCAAUUUCAGGAUCCAAGGCCAUCCCAUGAAAAUUGUUGAGGUAGAAGGCUCCCAUGUGGUGCAAAAUAACUAUGACUCUAUUGAUGUCCACGUAGGUCAAUGCUUUUCUGCUCUUGUCACGGCUAAUAAGAAGCCAAUGGAUUACUACAUCGUGGCUUCAAGUCGCUUCACCAAAGGUGUUUUAACAGGUAAGGGUAUAAUCCGUUAUGCCAAUGGUAAGGGUGGUCCUCCUGCACCAGAGAUCCCAAAGGCACCCAUUGGUUGGGCAUGGUCUCUCAACCAGUUCCAUUCCUUCCACUGGAACCUCACUGCUAGUGCUGCCAGGCCCAACCCUCAGGGCUCCUACAAAUAUGGUCAGAUAAAUAUCACUCGCACCAUCAAGCUCAGUAACUCAGUUAGCAGAACAAAGGGCAAGCUUCGCUACGCCAUCAAUGGUGUCUCCCAUGUUGACCCAGAAACUCCCGUCAAGCUUGCUGAAUACUUUGGUAUUGGGGACAAGGUAUUCAAAUAUGAUACUAUCACAGACAACCCACCCCCCAACAUUGGAACCGCUGUAACGUUACAACCAAAUGUCCUCAAUGUUACAUUCCGUAAUUUCAUCGAGAUCAUCUUUGAGAACAAUGAAAAAUCAGUCCAGACAUAUCACCUGGAUGGUUACUCAUUUUUUGUAGUCGGCUCAGAACCAGGAACAUGGAGCCCAGUGAAAAGGAAGGACUAUAACCUUCUUGAUGCUGUGAGCAGACACACAGUUCCAGUCUUCCCAAAAUCUUGGUCGGCGAUCAUGUUGACAUUCGACAAUGCUGGAAUGUGGAAUCUGAGAUCAGAGAUGGCUGAGAAUCGCUACCUGGGACAACAACUCUACCUUAGUGUUAUGUCCCCUGAGCGUUCUACCAAUGAUGAAUACCCUAUGCCAGAGAACAUAUUGCGUUGCGGUCUUGUAAAGAAUUUGCCAAAGCCAAAACCAUAAUACACCUAAUUAUAAAUACUCUCUAUAUUUAGCUAUCGUUUCUUUGAGAAACGUGACACCAAAGGUGGUUUUAGCAAGCUUGUAGAAGAAUAUAUUGUAGCUAGAAGGUUGGGGAAAAUCAAUGUGUGUCAACCAAUUUGAAAUUGCAAUUUUGUACUUUCUUGAUUCUUUUCGACAUACGCAAUCCUAUAUAGUUUUAGCCAAAAAUAGGUUUGCAUAUUUUUUGUAAUCGUUAGAUUGUUCUUAAUAAAUAAAAUAGUCAUAUAAAUGUG